AUGGUGUCGAAGUGUUGUAACCAUACUCGUAAGCUACACAUCAGGCCUACUAAGCUACGAUCUACCAUUACUCCUGGUAGCGUACUUAUCCUAUUGGCUGGUCCUUAUCGUGGUAAACGUGUUGUAUUCCUUAAGCAAUUGGACUCUGGUUUACUCUUGGUUACUGGUCCUUUCCGUCUUAAUGGUGUACCUCUUCGUAGAGCUAAUCAAGCCUAUGUUAUUGCUACUUCCACUAAGAUUGAUAUCUCUAAGGUGAAUACUGAUAAGUUUACUGAUGAGUAUUUUGCCAAGUCGAAGGAUGAGAAGCAUACUGGCAAGAAGACUGAAGAGGAGUUCUUUGCUCUACAGAAGGAUGGAUCUCAAUUAUCUGCUCAGUUUAUUGCUGAUCAGAAGGAGAUGGACAAAUCUCUAAUGUCUGUUAUUGCUAAGGAUAAGAUGAUGCCUCGUUAUUUGAGGUGCCGUUUUACUCUCAGUAAUG